UGAAAUUGCUUUUUUUUUAAAGUGUGCGCUUUAUAUUAGUAUUUAUUUUCGAAAAAGUAAACAUUUAUUAAAUUGAAACAAAUAAAAUACAAUUUUGGUAAACAAACUUUAUAUGAGCUUUUGAUUAUAUUGCAUUUUAAUUAACUAUUUAUAUUGUUUUUAAUUUCAAUAGAACGUGCCCUACAUAAAAAAUAAUAUUUUUUUUAAAGAAAGUUUUAAUUAUAUAUUUUGUGUAAUGCUCAAUUGUAACGAAGAUGCACACAUCAAAAUAUUAUUUAGUGUUGUUGAAUGUUUUAUUCUGUGUUCGCGGGCAAAUUAGUGAUGUCAGUGGAAAUGAUGUAGCGAAUGAGCACUCUUUGGAGUUGACCCAGUCCUUGAACUUGGCACGUCAAGAGUUAAUUCAAGACGCCUGUAAGCGGUUCCCUCCGAAGACCGGCUUGGAUGAGUUGCCUGCGAACCAAUUGGAACACAUUUUAAUUGAUGAUAACCACAAAUUGUUGUACUGCUACGUGCCAAAGGUAGCAUGUACAAAUUGGAAAAGGGUCCUUAUGAUACUGGGUGAGAAAUGGAACAAUACAGAUGUGUUGUCAAUACCUGCCAGUAUGCCACAUACUCUGGGAAUGUUCCGGAACAUGAGCACAGUGGAUAAACCUGAAAGGGACUAUAUGUUGGAAAAUUACCACAAGAUGAUCAUAGUAAGGAAUCCAUUUGAAAGAUUGCUGUCGGCAUAUAGAAAUAAGUUGGAGGGAGUUACACAAAGUGCUAGGUAUUUUCAGACGCGUGUCGGACGUCGCAUAAUUAAAGAGUUCCGACAGAAUCCAACAAACGAGUCACUAGAAUACGGCCACGACGUGACCUUCAAAGAGUUCGCGCUGUUCCUCACGAACAGCUCUGAAGAGUUGGCGGAUGUGGUGAACAAUGAACACUGGCAGCCCAUCACCAACCUGUGCCAUCCGUGCCUUAUAAAGUACACUUUAGUUGGUAAAUACGAGACUUUAUUGGACGACUCUCUACUAGCGCUCAACACAAUCAACGCAUCGUUUAUCAAGUUCCCGCGGCUCACGCACACGUCAGGCACUUCAGACAAGUUGUACAGGUAUUUCUCGCAGUUGGACCUUCCACUCAUCAGGAAACUGUACAAAUUGUACAUGAACGAUUACAGGAUAUUUAAUUACGAUCUGGACAAUAUCGUCGGCUUCGAUUUAGGUUAAAACAGAAAAACUUAUACCUAUAAAGAAGAUUAUUUUGGUUGUAUACAUGUAGAUUAUUUUUACAUCAUGCGUUACAUCCUUGUAUACAUGUUAUAAUGCAAUAAUUAUUAUAAAAGCGAUAACAUUUUAUACUUACAUAAUUUUUUUUAUGCACUUAACUGGUGGCAUUCUUAAAGAUCGAUAACAUUUUGUUGACGUGCAAUUUUUAUUUGAUUUAAUAUAUUGUAAUAUAUCAUUUUAUAAUAAAAUAUCUCUAAAUAUUGUACUUUCUCAUAGUUUUUUUUUUUCUUUAUUUGGUCAUGGUAACGUUUAAAAAAAUAGUACGAAAAUUAAUUUUGUAAAUUAACAUAAUUUUACAAAUCUUAUUAUUGCAUGUAAAUAAUAUUAUAGACCUUUUAGAAUGUUAUAAGCUAAAAGUGGAUAGCAAUAACAAAAUUGUAAAACAAUACACGUUUUACAAUAUUUAUAAAUUAAAAAUUCCACUAAGUGCCAAUAAUCAACAUCAUCAAUACAAGUUACAAUGUUGUAUAUCGUUUAGUCAAGUAAUACAUUUAAUGGUGCCAGUACUAAACUUAAACUAAAAGCUAAUGGUUGUAAUUAUUAUUAUUAUUUUUUAAAUAUAGUAAUACAAAGAAAGUUAUUAAUUUUAUAAUUUGAAUAAGCGAUGUUUUAUAUAAAUAUUACAAAGAAUUAGCAUUCAAUGUAAAUUCAUCAUCAUACGAGUAGUGUCUUAUUGACAAGAAUGAGGUAAUGUGCAAGUUAAAUAGAUGUAAGCGACCAAUACCGAAGCCAAAGGACAAAUUAUUUAUAUAAGGGCUGUAAUCAAAAUGGUUGAAAUCCUUUGAAGGGAAUGUUCUACUAACGAAACAGAACACUUUCUCAAAAGAAAUGGCUUGAAAAACGAUAAUAAAUACUGGGCGUCCCUUAUUAAUGCAACUCGUAUAGGUGCAUUAAAAAAUUUACAAAUUUACUAAUUAAAGUUAGUAUAAGGAAGUUGUUUGUUGGUUUUAAAUUUUUUGAUUCGUGAAAUUUCUUCCCUUUUACUUUCUAAAACAUAGGUAGAGUCUUCUUUUUUAGGUGUAUUGUUUAGGCGUAGUUGCCACGCUUGGUAGGCAGGUUAGCAAUCGCAGUUAGGCUUUGGUGAUGUUUUAAAAGAGUUCCAUAAGUUCUCCUAGUCGUCUCUUACGACACCUAUGUGAAAGAAAGAGGUGAAUCAUUCUAUGCUGAGAGUUUAUGCAUCUUUACUCACUGCUGACGAUUUUAACUACAUCCUGUAAGAGUAAGCACGUGGUUUAAACAGUUCUAUUAUUUGUUUCCAAUACUAAAAGUCAAGAUGUCAAUCGCCAUUGUUCUUAUUAUAUUACAAAUGUGAGUUUAUAUGUUACCUAUUGGCGCCUCAGUGACUUAAUUAAUUCUUGAUAUUUAGCAUACAUUUAGAAUGAAGAAGGACAAUGAUUACUUUUUAUUCCGGUCACGCGAAUGAAACCGCGGGAGGCGGUAGCGAUAUAGGAUACUAUAUAGGAAAUUGAUCACAGCCGUUAACGUAAAAAGGUUCAUAAAAUACUUAUCUAAUUACGGAGAAUUUAUUAAAAAAAAAGUACUUUGGACUCUAUGCUUGCCUCUAUUUGUUUUAAAAUUGUGUUCCUAAAUUAAACUUUUAAAUCACUCUGGCCAGUUAUAAUGAUAUGCAUAUUUUGAUUACGCCAUCAGACAGAUACGAAACUGCCAGUUCAUAUAUAAAUUAUUUACAUCUAUAGGUUUAAAAUUGGCAGUUUAGUAAUACAUAAUUCUUUUAUUACAAUAAUUCAUAUUUGCAUAUUUUCUUUCCUUUCUUGUUUUGAUAUCCCACUAUGAAUAACCCAAAAUGCCCAGUUUCAAGACGUUUAUAUUUAUUGUUGGCGCUUACAUCAAUUUAGCUCUGUACGCCUGUUGUACUUAUUGCGUUGUGUGUAUGUAUUUACGUAAUAAUAGUUAUUAUCUACUUCUAACAUAAGACAAUGAACAAAGUCACACCUACACUGCCAGCACAAUAUGUAGUUAUUGU